UAUAAAUACGGACGCUGUCUGUUCACUGUCAAAUCAAACCUGAUAUAGAGUGAGUUACUAUACUGCUGGGAACAUCAUUUAACAAAGUUACCCAACAGAUUUGACAUGGAGUCAGUUGAAGUCGUCAAUAAUCAGAAUGUGGUUGAGAGGGUGGCCAGCCUCCCCUUGGUGAGCUCCACCUAUGACAUGGUGUCCAGUGCCUACUGCACCACCAAGGAUAACCACCCCUACCUCAAGUCCAUGUGCGAGGUGGCCGAGCUGGGGGUGCGAACCAUCACCACUGUGGCCCUCACUGGUGCAGCGCCCAUCAUCGGCAAGCUGGAGCCACAAAUUGCCAUGGCCAAUGACCUGGCCUGUAAAGGUUUGGAUAAGAUUGAGAAGACCUUGCCAAUCCUGCACCAGCCUUCUGAGCAGAUUGUUGCCAACACCAAGGAUGCAGUGACCGGUGCCAAAGACGUGAUGUCUGUCACCGUCACGGGGGCCAAGGACAGUGUGUCCCACACCUUGACUAGCGCGGUGGACCGGACCAGGGGCGCUGUGCAGGACAGCGUGCAGAUGACCCGGGCUGCGGUCAGUGGUAGCGUAAACACGGUGAUGGAGAGCCGCAUGGCCCAGAUGGUCAGUAGCGGAAUGGAGACGGCCCUCACCACCUCUGAGCGCUUGGUGGACCAGUACCUGCCUCGCACUGAGGACGAGCUGGAAAUGGAGGCUAAAACGGUGAAAGGGUUCGACGUGGCCAAGGAUGCACCUAACUACUAUGUUCGUCUGGGCUCUCUGUCUACCAAGCUGCGUAAGAGAGCGUACCACAAGGCCCUGGCCCAGAUCAAAGACACCAAGCAGCGCAGCCAGGAGUCCAUCUCACAGCUCAACCACACUGUGGACCUGAUUGAUUACGCCAGAAAGAAUAUUGACGGAGCUAACCAGAAGGUGAAAGGCAAACUGAGCUCCCUGGUCGAGUGGAAGUCUAAUGAAGGAGAUGGCAAUGAGGCAGAGAACAUAGAAUCGAGGACCCUGGCGAUGGCGCGCUCCCUCACUCAGCAGCUGCAGACAACGUGCCUGGCGCUAGUCUCUGGUCUGCAGGGCCUUCCACAGAACAUCCAGGAGGAGGCGCUGUCCCUUAGCCACUCUGCCUCGCAAAUCUACUCCAGCUUCAGCAAGGCGUCGGCGUUCGGGGACCUGUCGGAUGGCGUUCUAGCCAGCAGCAAGGCCCAGCUGAACAAGAUGAAGGAGUCGCUGGAUGACGUCAUGGACUACCUGGUGAACAACACACCCCUCAACUGGCUGGUACCAGACUUCACCUUCUCAGACUUGGCCUCGGAACCUGACCUCUCCUCAGUUGAGGACGAUGGCAUGUCAGAUGAGUCCAACAGCAACGAACCCCUAUCAGCUCCCCUUGCUCACCAAUAAUCUGCAUUGUCAGAUAAAUCAAAUGUCCACAGGUCAUCUGUCUGUAAUGCUUAGUUAUAUUUGAAAAUAGAUUUUAAUAUUUUUGAAAUACCAUUGGUAAACAAUCAUAGUAGUUGAUUUGGCCAGUGUAUUUGAAAAUACACUAUGCAUUUAAAUAUGUAGGUAUUAAAUACGCAUGGAUUUGAACAAAGGUCUGUUCUGUUGUGGAUUGAAAAAAUAUUUAUUCGCUGUGAAAGUGACCACCUCUUCCGUUUUACUUCCAUGUCCAAUACAGUUUUGAAUGGGAUUCAACAUAUCAUAGAAUUCAUGAACACAGUCAUUUAAGAUACUGUUUUUGUGGAUUAUCUACUGAUGCCUUAGCGACAGCAUUUUUUAUUUUUGUACUUCUUGCACUGAACCGUUUAAAAACUACAAGGCACAGAAGGCGGCCACUUUCCCAGCGUAUUUUCAUGUCAGGUGUGUGAGUCUUUAAAUAAACAUUGCAGCUACACAGUAA